GCCGUCAGUGAAGCGGCGCGCCUUGCCGCAACGUGUUACAACCGCGCCCCGACGAAUAUUAAUGCAAUUUCAAAAUUGGAACGCGACAGAAAUUGCCAGUGAUAUUUUUUGAAAGUGUCAACACUUUUGUACGCGAUUGACUCGUGCAAACGUUGUUAGGUGUAAGUGAUUGAUAGUGUAUGUUUAAGUGAAUAUGUUUAGUGCGUGAGACUUUAACGGUAGUGGAUUGAAAACCGGAGUUUCCUAAUGAUAACCAGUAAAUGGUCCGCAAAAGCAGCACCAGUACACAAAAUGGUCGAUUUAUAGCACGCAGCGAUCAUUACAUAGAACGGUGGCGGUGGAAACAAAAAGAUGUUAAUGCUGACCAUACUCCACUUCAUAACUCUGCCAGUGCUCACGUCAAAGCUUGUGAGAGGAGAAACCACAAUGGACGAGAAGCCACCACAACCAAUGAUCAGUUCUAGAGUAGUCAGAACCAAAUACGGUGAUCUAAGAGGAUUUAUUGUCACUCCAGAGUCAAGAUAUUUAGAACCGGUUGAGGUAUUUCGAGGAGUCCCUUACGCGUCACCUCCUGUUGGAUCUUUAAGAUUUAUGCCUCCCGUUUCUGGGGCGCAGUGGUCUGGAGUCAAAAUUGCAGAAGAAUUUAGCCCGGUGUGUCCACAGGUGUUGCCAGAUAUAAGGAAUGAGACGGCUGUGCUGAAGAGGAUCUCAAGAGGGCGGUUGGAAUAUUUGAAGAGGAUUCUACCAUUCCUCACGAAUCAGUCGGAAGACUGCCUGUAUUUGAAUAUUUACGCACCAGCUCAAGCUGGGGUCCGAGACGCUGUCGCGCGGUACCCAGUCCUGGUUUUCGUCCACGGUGAGUCCUACGAAUGGAGUUCAGGCAACCCAUACGACGGCACCGUCCUCGCCUCACAAGCUGGGCUGGUCGUGGUCACCAUCAACUACAGGCUCGGGAUACUGGGUUUCCUCAACCCCCGCUCAGACGACUACCCGCGCUCGCCAGCCAACUACGGGCUGAUGGAUCAGAUCGCAGCCUUGCACUGGAUCAAGGAGAACGUGGCCGUGUUCGGCGGGGACCCUAGCAACGUGACCCUCAUGGGACACGGCACCGGCGCCGCGUGCGUCCACUUCCUACUCACCUCACUGGCCGUGCCUGAAGGACUCCUGUUUCACCGAGCGAUCCUCAUGUCUGGUUCAGGAUUGAGCCCCUGGUCCCUAGUAGCCGAUCCUAAUAAGUACGCAGCGUUGGUGGCUAGCCAUGCCAACUGUUCUCCAGAAUUGAAUCCACCCGACCUCUUGCGCUGCCUCCGAGAGAGGCCGCUCGAAGCGCUCCUGUCAGCACCAGUGCAAGCGCCCGACUUCGCUUACGCUUUCGGCCCGAGUGUUGAUGGCGUCGUUAUUGACACCGGAGAUCUUCUGAUUAACCCGGAUCCAAAUGGGUACGAAUGGGGAGGGCAGACCGUCGCCAGACUACCCACCGGGAAACACGGCCAGAAUGCGAUCAACAUCAUUAACGCUGUGCUGAUGAGGAAGAGCGCUAUCGCACAACUGACCAAAUACGACCUGAUGUUCGGUGUAACAAAAGCGGAAGCCUACUUCGCGUUUAGCGGUGACGACGUCCAAUACGGCAUCGAAGCCGACAGGAGAUCGAAAAUCCUCAAGUCUUUCGUUAGGAACACGUACAGCUAUCAUCUCUCAGAGAUACUGGCCACUAUCAUCAACGAAUACACUGACUGGGAGAGGCCGGUGCAACAUCCUAUCAAUAUACGAGACGAAACAUUGGAGGCGUUGAGCGAUGCGCAAGUGGUGGCCCCUAUAGUUUUGACAGCUGACACCCAUUCGGCGUUGAGAAGAAACUCCUAUUUGUACGUGUUCGACUACCAGAGCAAGUUUGGAGAUUACCCUCAGCGCCAAGGAUGCAUCCACGGGGAAGAGUUGCCAUACAUCUUCGGAGCCCCGCUGGUGGGUGGGCUGGCCCACUUCCCCAGGAACUAUACGAAGGCUGAAGUGGCCUUAUCCGAGUCUGUUAUGUUAUACUGGGGCAACUUCGCAAAGACUGGGAAUCCGAACGAAGCGCAAGAGAGCGAUCCAAUCCGCGCCGGGCGUCAAGAACGUGUGCGCAUGAAGAACAUGGAGUGGACUGCCUAUGAAGCCGUACAUAAAAAGUACCUCAACAUCGACACUAAGUCCAAGCUCAAGAAUCACUAUAGGGCUCAUAGGCUAUCAUUUUGGCUGAAUCUGGUGCCAGAUCUUCACCGCCCGGGCGGUGAUGACGUGCCCCCGUCUCAUCACCAAAUAGAACACGAGGAUUCAUCACCGCAGCCGACUCUGAAAACAUUCAGCCCACCUUUCAGAAAAGCAACCGACAUUGUCUUGACUGAAACUGGUCUUGCAACUAAAGUUCCUAUACUAAACGUUGUGAAUAUAACGUCACCUCUAAACUUCAAUAUAAUUGGUCUAAAUCCACCAACACAAAGCAGCACAGGAACUGAAACGCACAAACUAGAUAUUUCCACUACAGCAUCUCCUGAAGACGGAUUUGCAGCUUAUUCCACCGCAUUAAGUGUUACAAUAGCCAUCGGCUGCUCAUUACUCAUCCUCAAUGUCCUUAUUUUCGCCGGAGUGUACUAUCAAAGAGAUAAAACAAGAAUGAAUGGCCAAGACGGGCCGAACGGCGCGCAUUUGAAGAAGAGAGUUGAAAAUGGACAGAUGCCAAACAACAUUUGCGGUGAUUUAGAGGGCGCUCUGACCUAUCAAACAAGUUUGAAGAAUGAUCCGGCCACGAUAUUGAGCCAUCACCACACCCAUUCACACCAUCAAUUACCGCCGCCCGAAUUCGCAGAUUUGCCUAGUAACAACGUCGCAAGUAUGGCGACCUUGCCAAGAGCGCCGCCUCCUCCGAAAAUAGGGAAAAGUAACAUAAAUACUUUAGCUAGCGGGCAGCUGCAGGAGAAUCAACCUUUGUUAUCAGCUCAUCAGAUGCAGAUGAUAAAUACAAGUACGUUGACGAAGAAGAACACGCAGUUGAACGCCAAGUCGAACGUGACGAUGGAGGAGUUGAGAGUGUGACGUCAGAGGGCAUGACUGCAACGAGCCGGCAGUUGCAGCGACGUUGUCCACCACGACGAGAUCGUGUGACUUGGGCCGGACCUUCUCAAGUGUGUGACAGAUUACAUAUAAACAAUGGACUAGACACAGAGGCGAAGGCGGCAAAUAGUAUCCUCAAAGUGAACAAUAUUGUUACGACAAACAUUGCGAUACACCUCUACGUCUCUGUGUAUCUUUAGUGAUUCUGUGCCGCUUGAACUUGGAAGGGUUAUUAGUGACAAUCAUAUCUGUAUACUGAACACUUGUGUGUAAUUCUAAAUAGACAUUUGGUGUAAAUUAUUGUAAAUAUAAAUUAACGUUUGUACAUAGUAAAGCAGCUCAGCCGCAUAUCCAUCCUAAACACAAUUAUUGUAAUCUCGAAUUAGAUGAAUUAUAUGAAGAUAAUGUGAUGAAUAGUAUUUAUUUCAGUGUGUCUAUAAAAAAAUCCGUUAUUGGAAUAACCGUUAGGAAGUACAAUGAUUAAGUUUGGUAUUCGGCAGUCUUGGUGCGGAUAAUGCUGUCUAUCAAAGUGAUUGAAUCACAUUGAUUUUGUAUUAGUAAUGGUUUUGAAUAGACGACUGAAGUAAGAAUUGGGUAUAUAAAUAUCGUGUAAAUUAGAAGUUCUGAUAUACGAAACACCAAUUUUCGCAAGUUUAUCAAUUUAGAAGCAAUAAAACUUUCAUCGAAAAGGUCAGUAGUGUUCAAUUUUUUUUACCUUUGUACCUAUAUUUUAAUUUUGAAAUAAUGAAUUGUCACAAGUGCGUUUUAUGCUGUUUAACUUUCACUUUUUUUAUAAUUUUUUAUAUUUAAUAAUUUUUUUUCUUAAUUUUAUUUGCAACAUAUCAUUGUUUUUUUUUUUCAAUUUUGAAAUUGACUUCUUUUGAGUUUAAUAAUAUUAGGCAUAUAAUAACGGAACAAAAUUUAAUUUGAAGUCUAUUUAUGUAAGUUGUGUUUCAAAUACAUUAAAGAGUAACUUUCAUUUCUAAUAUAGACGGACCAAUAGUGAUUGUACAUAUGUAAAUACAUAGGAAGAUGACAGGUUGUACCCCAGUUUGCAAUACGACAAAAAUAAUUGUUUUGAAAAUUUUCAAGAUUUUAUUUAGAAAGCUACAUCUAAUAGUUUUCUCAGUUAUAAUUGAAAUAUUAAUUUCUGGUCUGUAGCGUACAAAUUCAGUACUAGAUAUUUAUGUUUCAAUUAUAUUCUAUCAAAAAAAACUCUUUAAAUUUUAGUUCGAUAAUCAAAAUCGUAAAUUUACUGGUUUUAUGGCACAUUUCAGAUAUUUAUUAUCAUUACCAUUAUAUAGGCAUAAAAAUAUUAAGUUGUCUUUGUUUACCUACGAAACCCUCUUAUUAAGCAUGUAUGUAUGUUUAUAAAAAUAUAUUAUGUUCUGUAACAUGAAUUCUCAGAAACCAUCAAAAAGUUAAAAGAAAUAUUUUUCUGUGUGUAACACCAAUUUUUGAAAUUGUUGACAUUUCAUCAUCAUAAAUACUUCCAUUAAAAUGUUUUCCAUUAAUAUUUAUAUUAGGAUGUGUUAUUAUUAUUAUUAGAGUAUGUAUUAACAUUUUUUUAUGUACCUACUUAGAGUUUACUAUUUAAAAGCAAAUAUAUUAGGGAAAUUUUGUUACAUGAAUUUGAUGAAUUUAUUCGAUAUAAUCGCCAUCUUUUGUUAAAACAAUAGUGUAUAGUUAAAUAUCGGUAAUGUCUGUACAGCGACAGCGUUAUAAAAUACCUACUUAUUGAGAAGCAGACUAAAAUUUUAAUAUAACAAA